AUGCGAUCUUCUGCUCUUGGCUUCGAUCCAAUACAGCUGGAAUCACCGGACCUCAUCCAGUUUCCCGGUGCUCGCCUUUCAACAUCCAUAGCUCUCAGUAUACCAUACCCUACACCGGCAUCUGCUGUGGAGCAGUUGGACGAUAUGCUGGACUUCCAAACAAUAGACAGCUUCCAGCUACCGCCACAAAAUGUCAUUUUCCAGCUCGUCGAGCUCUUUUUCGAGCACCUGUACCACACUUUUCCUUGUUUCCAUAGGAAGAGUUUCCUGGCGAAGUUGGAACGUGGCGACUUGGAGAAAGACGCACCACUUCUUCUGUAUGCCAUCUGCUGUGUAGCGGCCAGACACCACCCUGAGCAGUCCAUUCAGAAGCGCUCGAGAGACUGGUACGAGCAAGCACGCUUCUCUUACGAACUCACCCGGCGAAAACCGGAGCAUCCUCUGCACACAGUUCAGGCUGUAUUACUUCUUGUGUUUCAUGCUUGGACCAUCGGUGACUACUCUGCUAGCUGGCUUUUCUUGGGAAAAGUUUGGAGACAAGCAGUCGUGCUCGGCCUAAACCGUAUGGAUGCUAGCGACCAUCUAUUGAACGCGAGGAUUGACAAUGAGAACUCAUAUGUUUUUGGCAAAACAGAACCUCACUCGACAGUUGAGCGAGAAGAGUACCGAAGAUCACUUUGGUUGCUGUUCAUAAUGGAUCGGAUGAAUUCAUGGCCAACAGGAUGGCCUAACGCGAUACCGGAGAUGCAGUUCAAGGUCGAUAUACCGAUUGCUGAUACGCUAUUUCAGAGCAUGGAUCCAGACUUGGAAGUCAGCUCUUUUAACAACCUGCCAUUUACCAGGAACCUAUCGCGCCUCAUAGAAUCCGUAAAGGCUGCAGAAGGACCAUUGAACGUCUUCCAUUAUGUGAUCGUUGCACAUGUCUUACUCGGUCGAGUUUCCGAACUGCUGUAUUCCCUACACAACGCUUCGGACAGCCUCGAAUACGCUGAAGACUGUACUGCACUGGACAAUAUGAUUGUGAAAUUUCGAUUAAGUCUUCCGCGUCCAGCAAGUUCGGUCCUAGAAGCGCCCCCAGCUGACCGCGGUCAUGUCGUUUGGCUGCAUGUCAUUCUCGACACCAUGGCCAUUCUACUUCAUUACCAAAGUAACACAGCUUUUUCGGUGCAGGAGGCAGCUUCAAAGUUUACACUAGCUGUAACAGCGGCUCGUAAUAUUGCGCAACUCGUCAAAGAUACGUCACGCAUAUCCAUCGAUAUUUUGCUCUCAGCGCAUAUCGGAUCGUCGCUCUAUGCGGCAGCCAUUGUCCUUGUUAUCCAGUGGCGCCUGACUGACGAUAGUAGCUUCAAAGAAGACAUUGACUUGUUUAUCCUUGUAUUCGAACGCAUGAACGAGGUCUUCAGCUUUCUAGGCUUGAAGCUCAAGAUAGCGCUAGAGCAUGACUUGCAAAGAAGCGUAAAAGACCUUCAGAGUCUACGAGAGCGUGGAUUCAAGGGUAUGUUGGCUGAUUGUACUAAAUGGAAUCACGUCAAACAAGAGGUUGAGAGAAGAGGUAUCGAAGUCGAUCUCUCAUAA